UUCCCAACAAUGGAGGCCAUGCUGUAAUUUGACUUUCUUUUGUCAGUGAUUAGGAUGACUACUGUUAGUUGAAUGAUUCUUGUGUAGAUCUAGUGUUUGUGGAGCCAGUUAACUGUAACUAUUGUAAAUAUCUAUUGAAAAGGGAACACAGAGUAACACUGGUUAGGGAGGAGAAGCCCUUUUUGUUAACUUUUUCUCCUGGGUUAAAGUUAAGAGUAAAAAUUUGCAAGUUAUAUUAGUUUCAUAGUCUACACACAGGGUCAACCCCCAGACCGUCUGCUAAAUUACAGACAGAAGACCACAUGCUUCCCAGCUCUACCCAGCAGACUUGCUGAGACAUGAGACUUGAGACUUAAGACUCGAGACACCAAAAGAGAUCAAGAUAGAGAGGGACAGCCAGUCCAGUGAGACAAGGCCCUACAUGCUGAAAUCCCUGGAUGACUUCAAGCAAAAACUUCACAACCCCUCACAUCUUGAGUUUGAGCUGAAACUGAAGACGCGUAUGGCUCAGUAUAACUCUAUUCCCUGCCUCCAUGUCUUUCUGUAAUGAAAGUUCCAUUCUAGUUGAGGAGAUCUACAUGCACAAAGUCCAGUGACCACUGAAUAUUUUACAACUGUAAUGCUGCACAGCUUCCCUCUCCUGCAGCAAACUUCAGUCAGGCCAGCCGCUGCGCCACACACCGCAGGUUGGAACAUGAUGGGGUCCAACUGAAGAGUAGCACCUGAGCAGCCACUGACAGACGGGCAAAAUGUCACUGCCAUUAAGGAGAAGCCAAUGGAGCAAGAGCUGAGCCAGGUCAGGAUUUACCAAAACGUGGCAGAGAAAAGGAAUGGAAUAAGGGGGACAUCAGGACAUUUUUGUUGGCUCAAAAACACCACUGUACAACAACAGUAGAACAAUAUGUGGAGAGCAGCAGCAGCAGCAACACACAGACGGACAGAGACGAGGAGUCUCAGGUGGCUGUUCUUUUGAGGAGUCGUAUAACAGCUGUGGAUACAGUGUUUCUCUUGGAACCAAUGGAUUUACCUGGGAGCAAGUCAAUACAUGGGAGAAGCCCACCAUGGACCCUGCUCUGCCUACCGGUUCCUUCAUGGUGGUGAACGCUUCAGGACGGGCGUCAGGGCAGAAGGCCCACCUGUACAUGCCCACCCUGAAGGAGAACGACACCCACUGCAUCGACUUCCUCUACUCUCUGUCCAGCAGGGAUGGAGCCAGCCCUGGGACGCUCAAUGUCUACAUUAAGGUGAAUGGGGGCUCUCAAGGUAACCCAGUGUGGAACGCCUCUGAUACUGUUACUGAAGGCUGGGUGAAGGCAGAGCUGGCCAUUUCUACGUUCUGGCCAAACUCCUACCAGGUUAUAUUUGAGGCAGUUUCGGUCCAAGGCCACCCGGGUUUCAUCGCCAUUGACGACAUACGAGUUCUGGCUCACCCUUGCCGUAAAGCGCCUCACUUCCUGCGUCUGCAGAACGUGGAGGUGAACGUGGGUCAGAAUGCUACAUUUCAGUGCACAGCUGGAGGGAAAUGGUCCCAGCAUGAUAAACUGUGGUUACAGCAGUGGAAUGGCAAGGACACAGCACUGAUGGUGACCAGGGUGGUGAACCACCGGCGUUUUUCUGCCACUGUCAGCGUCGGAGACACAUCACAGCGCAGCACCAGCCGCUACCGCUGCGUCAUCCGCUCCGAUGGUGGCUCGGGGGUCUCCAACUACGCCGACCUCAUCGUUAAAGCGCCUCCCACCCCCAUCGCUCCUCCAGAGCUGCUGGCUGUAGGCGCCACCUACCUGUGGAUCAAACCCAAUGCCAACAGCAUCAUCGGUGACGGGCCAAUCAUCCUGAAGGAGGUGGAGUACCGCACCACGACGGGGAACUGGGCAGAGACACAUGUGGUGGACGCCCCCACCUACAAACUGUGGCACCUGGACCCCGAUGUGGAGUACGAGAUCAAGGUCCUGCUUUCCAGGCCUGGGGAAGGAGGCACGGGGCCGCCUGGACCACCGCUCGUCACCAGGACUAAAUGUGCUGACCCGGUCCACGGUCCCCAAAAUGUCAAUGUAGUGGAUAUCAGAGCUCGCCAGCUGACUUUACAGUGGGAGACGUUUGGCUAUGCUGUGACACGCUGUCACAGCUACAAUCUGACGGUGCAGUAUCAGUAUGUGUUUAACCAGCAGGAGUUUGCGGCCGAAGAGCUGAUCCAGACGUCGUCUCAUUACACCCUGCGGGGGCUGAGGCCCUUUGUCACGGUCAGACUGAGGCUGGUCCUGGCCAACCCUGAGGGCAGCAAGGAGAGCGAGGAGAUAGUCAAACAGACCGAGGAGGAUGUGCCUGGCUCAGUGCCGAUGGAGUCCCUGCAGAAUACCCCCUACGAAGAGAAGAUCUUCAUGCAGUGGAAAGCUCCCAACGAGACCAACGGGGUCAUCACACUGUACGAGAUCACAUACAAGGCUCUGAGCUCACUGGACCCUAGCGCUGAUCUGACCACCCAAAGGGGACGGGUGUUCAAGCUGAGGAACGAGACCCACCACCUGUUUGUGGGCCUCUACCCCGGGACCACCUACUUCUUCACCCUCAAAGCCUCCACCAACAAAGGCUUCGGUCCGCCUGUCACCACCCGGAUUGCCACCAAGAUAGCUGCUCCCAUGAUGCCAGAGUAUGAAUCUGAGGCUCCACUGAAUGAGACGGAGACCACCAUCACCAUCCUGCUGAAGCCUGCUCAAUCGCGAGGUGCCCCUGUCAGCUCCUAUCAGCUUGUUGUGAAGGAGGAGCGCAAGUCCAAGACUCGACGUGCCACCACCGAGGCCCCCGAGUGUUUCUCUGCCCCAGUCAGUUUCCGCAAUGCCUCCAUCUUGGACUCACCGUACUACAUUGCCGCCGAGCUCCCCCCAUCCAGCCUCACAGUGGUGCAGCCCUUCACAGUGGGUGACAACAAAAGCUAUGGCGGCUUCUGGAAUCCUCCGCUGUCGCCUGCCAAAAGCUACAGCAUCUACUACCAGGCCAUGAGCAAAGCCAACGGGGAAACCAAAAUCAACUGUGUCCGCCUGGCUACUAAAGGUGCAUCCACCCAGGACUCAGAUGCCAUGGAGCCAGAGAAACAGGUGGACAGCACAGUGAAGAUGGCUGGAGUGAUCGCCGGGAUCCUCAUGUUCAUCAUCAUCCUCCUUGGUGUUGUCCUCACCUUCAAACGCAGAGAGAUACACACAUGGAGAACUCUGAGCGUGGGGAAGUUGGCAAAAAAGCAGAAGGAGACUGCCAGCAGCUCCACCCAGCAGAGGGAGAUGGGUCCGGUAACCACAGCCGAUAAGAGCACAACCAAGGUCAGCACCCUGCACAAAGACGACCCCUUCUCCACAUCCAACCAGGACCUCAACGGCUUCACUUCGCCCUCCCCCUGCUCCUUCUCAGUGCAGGGAGGCAAGACGCUGCAGAGCAAAUCCCUGCUGAAUUCUUACUACUCAGUAUCCAAAGAGCCUGUUCCAGCCACAACUUCUAUAGACAGUAGCCAGCCGUCGCUUGCCCAGCCCUCUCUCACUCUGCAGAGUUUUCCCUAUGGAGGCUGUGAGUCUGUGGAGCUCUCCUACCAAAGUGGUCAGUUCCAGGCGGGUCAGUUUCAGCCAGCUAUUCGAGUGGCCGACCUCCUCCAACACAUCACCCAGAUGAAAUGUGGUCAGGGCUAUGGUUUCAAGGAGGAGUAUGAAGGCCUGGCGGAAGGACAGACAGCCCCCUGGGAAACAGCCAAGAAGGACGAGAACCGCAACAAGAAUCGCUAUGGCAACAUCAUCGCUUACCCCACAGACGAUCACACCAGAGUCAGACUGCAGCUGCUGGACGGAGACCCCCACUCUGACUACAUCAAUGCCAACUACAUCGACGGGUACCACAGACCCAGACAUUACAUCGCCACGCAAGGUCCCAUGCAGGAGACGGUGAGGGAUUUCUGGAGAAUGGUCUGGCAGGAGAAUUCAGCUUCCAUCGUCAUGGUUACCAACCUGGUGGAGGUGGGCAGGGUGAAAUGUGUGCGUUACUGGCCUGAUGAAACGGAGGUGUAUGGAGACAUCAAGGUUACCCUGAUAGAGACCGAGCCCUUGGCUGAAUACGUCAUACGGACAUUCACCGUCCAAAAGAAGGGCCAUCAUGAGAUCCGCGAGCUCCGUCAGUUUCAUUUCACCAGCUGGCCAGACCACGGCGUUCCCUGCUACGCCACCGGACUGCUGGGCUUCAUCCGACAGGUCAAGUUCCUCAAUCCCCCUGAUGCUGGACCUAUAGUCGCACACUGCAGUGCUGGUGCAGGGAGGACGGGCUGCUUUAUUGCAGUGGACAUCAUGCUGGACAUGGCAGAGAAUGAAGGCGUGGUAGACAUCUUCAACUGCAUUCGAGAGCUGAGGUCACAACGAGUCAACAUGGUUCAGACAGAGGAGCAGUAUGUGUUUGUGCAUGAUGCCAUUUUGGAGGCGUGUCUAUGUGGGAACACAGCCAUCCCAGUGUGUGAGUUCAGAGCAAUUUACUACAACAUCAGCAGACUGGACCCACAGACCAACUCCAGCCAGAUCAAAGACGAGUUUCAGACUCUGAACAUAGUGACCCCUAGAGUUCGUCCAGAGGACUGCAGUGUGGGUCUGCUACCCAGGAACCACGAUAAGAACCGCAGCAUGGACGUUCUGUCAGCAGACCGUUGCCUGCCUUUCCUCAUAUCUGUGGAUGGAGAGAGCUCAAAUUACAUCAACGCUGCAUUAAUGGAUAGCCACAAACAGCCAGCGGCCUUCAUCGUUACCCAGCAUCCUUUGCCAAACACCAUGGCUGACUUCUGGAGGCUGGUGUUCGACUACAACUGCUCCUCCAUCGUCAUGCUCAAUGAGAUGGAUGCGGCGCAGUUGUGUAUGCAGUAUUGGCCAGAAAAGAGUUCGUGUUGCUACGGUCCCAUUCAAGUCGAAUUCAUAUCGGCAGACAUUGACGAGGAUAUAAUCAACCGCAUCUUCAGGAUCUGCAACAUGGCCAGGCCUCAGGACGGCUACCGCCUGGUGCAGCACUUCCAGUUCAUUGGCUGGCCGGCCUACAGAGACACGCCCCUCUCCAAGCGCUCCAUCCUCCAGUUGGUCAGGAGGUUGGCUAAAUGGCAAGAGCAGUACGACGGAGGCGAUGGGAGAACUGUCGUUCACUGUCUAACCGGCGGAGGGCGUUCCGGAACGUUCUGUGCCAUCUGCAGCAUCAGUGAGAUGAUCCAGCAGCAGAACAUCGUGGACGUCUUCCACACAGUCAAAACACUGAGGAACAACAAGACUAACAUGGUGGAGACUAUGGAACAGUACAAGUUCUGCUAUGAAGUGGCUCUUGAGGCGCUCAGCUCCUUCUGAUUGGCUGACAGCCCAAAUCUUCUUUGCUGAUUCGCUGUCGACGCUGCCUGUCAAUCUCAACGCAACACUGGGGACGCAUAAAGCACACAAGUGCCUUGUGUGGACCCAAACCCAGCCUGUGUGUGUGUGUGUGCGCGUGUGUGUGAGUGAGAGAAAGAAAGAGUAUGUGUGUGCAUGUGUUCAUUUGUGGAGAGGGCAUGCUUGUGUGCUUGCAUAUGUGAUUGUGUGUGUGCGUGUGUGUGUGUGGUCUAUAUGUGUGCCUGUGACAACACAUACACCCUGUACAGAAGAGAAAAACAAAAAAACAAAAAACAUAACAGACAUACACACCAGUGACUUCAGCGAGACUGGGGACUUACAUGCUUGUACAAAGAAAAAGAAAAAAUGAUACAGUGAAAAAAAAAUCAUGUUUAAAAAAAGCGCCAUUUUCUCCUUCUUUCUCUCUGUACUCUGCUGGGCUGUGAUGUGACUAUUGUACAGUAUUUCCUUUUUAGAUAUAUUCUACGCCUUGAAUGUUGUCUCUCUCUGAAGGCUGCAUGCACACUGCAAGAUUCCUUCAAAAUUCCCUCUUCAUAAAACAGCAAGUUGGCAGCUCGGCCAUCCCCUGCUGGAAAGAAAUCUGCAUUAUUUUAAACUGCAUUUCCUCACCAGGCACUUCCUGCCUUUAUGGAAAGCAAGUGUCAGUAUUUGUUUUGGUGACUCAUUUAACUCAGUUCCGCUGAAAUGUGGGUGGUGUUGAUCGUGAUUCAGUGGGCUUGAUCUAGGGAAUGAAGAAUUAAAUAAAUAAAUAAAUAAUGUUAAUAUUUCUGGCAUUUUUCUUUGACGCUAAUUUGUACCAGUGAUCACAAGAUGGUGAAUUUACUUGCAGCUAGCGUUAGCUAAUUGUGUCAUUAACCCUUUGACACCUGAGGGUUGGACUACAAAGCGAGAUUAACAGGUUAGCGAGGUAUGUUGAGUCGAAAGCCAGAGUUUGCCGUGUCAUGAAGGCGGCUCUCUUUUGACCCAGUUUCGUCACCAUGGAAACAUACGCUGCAAACAUAACCUGCUCCAGACCACAUUAUGCUCAGAGUUUAGGCUUAAAAUGGUCUUUUUCCCUGUUUGCUUCAGGUAAUACAUCUAUUAACCCUUUAAAUUUUAAACUGAAUAUCAUCCACAAAAUAGAAGAAUAAUAAGCCAUAGCAACUUCAUCCCACUCUGAAUGGUAUUUUUAUACUUGGUUUUUAUUUGCUGCCAAGUGCAUUUGACGCCGCAGGUACCGCAUCUAAUAAACCACUGGAUAAAAAUCCAAGCCUAUCAAACAGAGGCCUAAUAUUAUAUCAGUCAAAUUUAUUUUACUUGAUACUGACAAAAACUACAGUGAUUUACAUGUAUCCUUCCUUAUAGGAUAGUGAGUCCUAAAUGCAAUUCUUGAGUUUAAUGUUGAGUUAAUAGAAAUAAACUGGAAGAUUUUACAAAUUUACAUGCUCUGCAGUUUUCUG